CUAAGCAUGAUGCAUGGGCAAUGCAGUACUAAAGCCUAAAAUUCACAUUUCUUCAAUUUGCUUCAUCCUAAUUUCAUGUGUACAGAGAUUUUUAUCCGAAGUAUACAUUAAUUACUCAAUUUCUAAACCGUAUUAAAACAUUCUCUGAUCGGAGAGACUCAUCAUCACAGUGGCGAAGACAGAGAUGUGGAAGUCGAUGAUUGGUAACCACGAAGAGAUGCUUAAUUCCAUAAUAAGUGCUGGAGGUACGAAUUCUUCCACAAGUGCUCAAUCUCGAGCUCAAAAGCCGCAAAUGAGGAUCCAAAAGGUUCCUCAGAUAUUGCGAGAGUCCAAAGAUUCCGGUGGUAAUUUUUAUGCCCCGAGAGUUGUCUCAAUUGGUCCAUGCCACUUUGGUGAGCAGGAGGACGACAAGAAGGUCCAGCAUCAAAUGUACAAUGUGAAGCUUAAAAUGGCUAGUGCACUUGUCUCAAACGACAAGCACAAGCUUGAUGAGUUGCACAAAGAGCUUUUGAAGAAGGUCAAACAAGUGAAGGACUGCUACGAUGUUGAGAUUAUUAAUUCAACAAACGGAUAUUUCAGCAAUGAGGCGGCGUUCACUUGGAUGAUGCUUCUUGAUGGCUGCUUUAUAUUGUAUUACAUCAAAAACUUCCAAGACGAAGCAGAGAUGGCCCGGAUGGGAAUGAAAACUUACCACGUUGCAUUCGUGCAACAGGACUUGUUCUUGCUCGAAAACCAGCUGCCUUUCCUUGUCCUUGAGGAGUUGAUGAUCAGCUCAUCAACUAUCUUAACCAAAACUGAAUGGAUGGGAAAGGUGACAGGGUUCAUUGCCCACAAUAUUAUGGUGCCACAAAACACGAGGCAUAUCUGCAAUAUUGGAUGGAUGGAAAAGGUGAGAAGUUUCAUUGCACGCUGUAAAAAAACCAAGCAUAGUAGCAAUACUAAAGAAUCACCGCCCGCGCAUCUUCUUGAGCUUCUGCACAAAACAAUAGUAGGCAACGAAAGUGGUCAUGAGCAAUGUACAGACAAUUGGUACACCUUCCGCAAUGUGAAGGAGCUGAAGGAAGUGGGCAUCCACCUGAGGCCUGCAAAGACUUCCUUCUUGACGGACAUUCAUUAUGAACAUCAGGGCCUUUCUGGGCGCCUGAACCUUCCUCCAAUAACUGUUGAUGAUGCAACAAAUGCCAAGUUCAUGAACUUAAUAGCCUAUGAAAUGUGCCCAGAUGCCUCGGAUGAGAUAUGGGUGACUUCUUAUGUAUGCUUUCUCGAUUCUCUCAUUGAUCAUGCUGACGAUGUUAAGGAGCUGCGAUCAGCAGGAAUACUCCACAACCACCUCGGCAGCGACGAUGAAGUGGCUAAACUCUUCAACGAGAUGGGCACAGACUUGGUGCCGCAGCCUUGUGCUUAUAGCUUUGUCAAGCAUGCCAUUCAAAAUCACUACAACAGCAAAAGGUUGAAUUAUAUAGCUCAAUUCAAGCACCAGCAUUUGAAGAACCCAUGGACUAUGAUUGCGCUCAUUGGCGGGAUUCUAGCUCUUUUCUUUUCUGGGGUUCAAACCUAUUUCCAAGUUUGGUCUCGUCAAAGUGAUUGUGACAAGCUUUGCAAACAUAUUAAAAUACUGGAGCACAUCUGAGAGACUUCUCCUCCAACUGAAAAUCAUUUCAUUAAUCUCUGGAAAAUUUGCUUCAAACAAGGAGGUAGCUGAGUAGUUAAUUCAUCUAUGUAAUAAUUGGGGUCAAGUACUUCUUCUCUCAGGUAUAUCUCAUGCUACAGCAUGCAGAUUCAUGUUGUCAUUUCAUUUUAGUUUACUUAUAUUGUUGUGUCUAAAAUAACCAAGAUUGAAUUGUGUUGUAUUUUAAUUAUUUUUAGUAUGUGUGUCCUUUAAUAGU